UUGUCAUUAACUGAAAUUGAGAACGUAUGGUAACGCAAUUUCGGAGUAUAUUCGUUACACUUUUUAACCAAUGCACAAUUUCUAAGAUCCUGAUACUUCCGAGCAAGGAAAGAAUAAUAUUUCAACUACACUAUACUAAAAACUUAUAACUUUAAGAAAUCGUGGUUAUUUGAGCUAAUAACUGUAUUAUAAAAAAAUCACAAAAUGGGUCUCUUGGAUUUAUGUGAAAAGUAUUUUAAUUCAUCAAAUUUAUAUGAAGUAUUACAAAUACCCGAAACUGCUAGUGAAAAAGAAGUGAAAAAGGCUUACCACAAACUAUCGCUAAAGGUACAUCCUGAUCGAGUUAGUGAAGAUCAAAAACUAGAGGCAACAGAAAAGUUCAAAGUACUUGGAAGUAUUCAUGAAAUACUUAGCGACAAAAACAAACGAGCAGUUUACGAUGAAACAAAGAGUGUUGAUGAUGAUGACUUUAAUGUCUUGGUAGACAAAGACUGGACCGUCUACUGGAGGCAUUUAUUCAAAAAAAUUACAGAAGAAGACAUAAAAGCAUAUGAAAAAGAAUAUACUGGUUCACAAGAAGAGAAGGAUGAUCUAAAACAAGCCUAUCUAACUGGUAAAGGUGACAUGGACUACAUUACAGAUCAUGUUCAAUUUGCUAGAACUGAACAUGAACCGAGAAUCAGGGAAAUCCUCAAUAAAAUGAUAAAAGAUGGUGAAAUUCCUGCAUAUAAAAUAUUUACACAUGAACCAGCUAAAAAGAAACAAAAACGAAUUGCAAAAGAAAACCGUGAGGCGAAAGAAGCUGAAGAAUUGAAGCAGGAAUUAGGAAUGACAUCAGGACCCAAUAGUUUAGAGUUAAUGAUCAGACAGAAACAACAAUCUAGAGGUCAACAGCUAGAUUCGUUUAUAGAUAACUUGGCAACUAAGUAUGGUGGUAGCAAUAAACCUAAGGGCACCAAAAGGAAGGCUGCUUCGAAAACGGAGGCAACAACUAAAAAUAAAAGAAGGAAAUAAAACAAUAAGUUCAUUUUGAAUCCAGAUCAGUU